AUGACCGACACGCCGCAGACGACUGCAGGUGAGGAUCCCAAAGGUGCCAAGGUCCUCCAGCAGCACUUGGAUCCCGGGUACGAAUUUGCCUUUGAUGCCGCAAAUCUCGGGGCAGACGGCGCAAACAAUGUCUCCGGUUCUGUUCGGGAUGGGCCGGAGUCAUCAUUGAGAUUGCAAGGCGGCGACGUCCAUCGUGAUCUUUACAAGAUCGCUGCCAAAAGCAAGCGUCAGAAGCUGCACAAGCGAGCAGCAACAUUCUCCAAUACGCAUGAUUAUGCACCAUCGAUCAUAUCAGACAUUGAGCAUGACGAGCUGCCCAUCCAGGAGCAGAUGGCCCCAGGAGGACUGAGACGCCAGUUCCUCCAAAAGCAGGCCAGGAGUGUUAGCUACAUUGCGGAGCCUGUUACCCGGAAUUUCAUCUCGUUUCUGGAGCUUUAUGGAAACUUCGCCGGUGAAGACCUUGAAGAGUCGGAUGAUGAGACUGCUAUCGAUGAUGGGGAAGAGGAUGAAGAAGAGCAGGGCGAACGUCGACCGCUACUUGGGAGGAGACAGAGCUCCAGAAGGCUCAGGCAGCAAGGUGAUGCUUCUAACAUGACCUCCUUCUUCACUCUGCUGAAGGCUUUCGUUGGUACUGGUAUCAUGUUCUUACCGAAGGCGUUCAAGAACGGCGGCAUGCUGUUCUCUGCCAUUACUUUGGUCGUUGUGUCGAUUGUCACAAUGAUCUGUUUUGAGCUGCUCCUCGCCUGCAGGAAGCAGUACGGUGGAGGUGGUUACGGAGAUCUGGGUCAGCUGAUUGUUGGAAAGAGGCUUCGUCAGCUUAUUCUCAUCUCGAUCACACUCUCACAAUUCGGCUUCGUAUGCGCUGGUCUCAUCUUCACCGCAGAGAAUCUUGCCUCCUUCUUCGAUGCGGUCACACCAAACUCUGCACCGCUUGGUACAAAUGCCCUCAUUGGCAUUCAGCUUGUGCUCCUCAUUCCUCUAUCCUUCAUCCGCAACAUCUCAAAAUUGGGUCCUGCUGCUUUGCUUGCGGACGUCUUCAUCCUUAUCGGUCUGACCUACAUUUACUGGUACGAUAUUUCCUGGAUCAGCAAGAUGGGUGGUUUCCACCCCAGCGUCGAACUAUUCAAUCCCCGCGAUUGGACUAUGACCAUUGGAUCAGCUAUCUUCACCUUUGAGGGUAUCGGCCUGAUCCUUCCGAUCCAGUCGAGCAUGAAACACCCCGAAAAUUUCAGCAAGCUGCUGUUGAUUGUUAUGAGUAUCAUCACAGUCAUCUUCACGUCCGUUGGUGUUCUCUGCUAUGGCACUUUCGGAGAGGAUGUGUCUGUCGAAGUCAUCACCAACUUCCCACAGUCCAGCAAGCUCGUCAACGCUGUGCAGUUCCUGUAUGCUAUGGCUGUCUUGGUGGGCACACCAGUACAGCUCUUCCCUGCUAUGCGUACUAUUGAGCUCAAGCUAUUUGGUCGCGCCUCUGGCAAGAAGGACAGCCUCACCAAGUGGAAGAAGAACGCUUUCAGGACUGUACUUGUCAUAUUCGCUGGAGUUGUUGCGGCUCUUGGAGCUAGCGACCUCGACAAAUUCGUCGCUCUCAUCGGCAGCUUUGCAUGCGUGCCGCUGGUAUAUAUCUAUCCUGCGUACUUGCACUACAAGGGUGUCGCUGAGCGUCCGUGGGCCAAAUUGGGCGAUAUCACCAUGAUGCUUGUUGGUCUUGUCGCUAUGAUAUACACCACUAGCAUCACCAUCGCUAGAUGGGCAGAGACUUAA